CUCCACUCACUUGGACUCGCCCCGCAUCAGUAAGCGUGUCGUGAAAUAUCAUUCCGCUUAGUGUAAGCAUUGUAUCGAGGCUUGAGUGUGUUGUGAGGUGUAUGUGGGACACUAGUGUACCCGAGCUGUGCUGUGAGACUCUGACAGUGGUGACACUGUGCAGUAUCCCCUCCCCAAACGACCAGGAGUACAUGAGAAAAGGGGAGAGGACUCGGCGUUCAUGUCGUGACUUCCAUUGUCCUGCUGACUGGGAUCGACCGAGUUUAACCAGUGAUCCUGCGCCCGUCAGACUGGCCGCGACUACCCCACUGAGCAGUCACAGGGAGGCAUGGGGGAUUACUCGGCCCCCAAAAGACGAGAUGUCGUAGACCGUCUCCGUAGGCGUCUAGAACACUAUCGGCAACACCAGCUGGGGCGGCACCGGCGUUUCAACGAGGGAUACUCCGGACUUUAUGAGGAACAUCGUCAGCAAACACAACUCCUGCACCACCGCUGGUUGGAAAGUAAGGCCAAGAAGGCCGCGAAACAGUCCAAAGUCAAACAAGACAGCACCACUCAAGGCGACCAUCGCAACCUUGUAGUGACGAAAAAACUGAAGCAGAAAAUCGACGGCACAGCUUCCGAGCCUAACCCCGCCGAGAGCGCGUACAACUUUGACGAACAGGAAUCCCCUGUGAACAAAAACAGUGUCGGGGGAAAUUCGUGUAUUGACAACAACCAACUGCCCCAUUUGUCAGUGAAGAUUGUCCAACAGAUCAAAUCCCGGCCAGAGAAUACUCAGACAAUCCACACAAACGUUACAGUCAGUACCAAGACUUACAGUUCCGCGGCUGACUCCCCUAAACCCAGUGUCAGUAGCAUCCAUACAAGCGUUGAGUGUAAACAGGAGCCUCCUGAAGACACCCACGGACAUAGUCACGCUGACAAUCAGUCAGGACAGGCUUCACAGGAUAGAAUCUUUGACGUUGGCGAUGUAGAGGAGCUUCAGAAUAUCCUUGAUACUUUGGAGAAAGAGGAGGGUGAAAUACCCCCAGAUAUAAUAAAGGAACUUGAUAAAUUUGAUGAGAUAUAUGACAAUGUGAAAGUACAAUGUGAAUCUCAGACUGAUAUGUUCGGUCCUACUAUUCAGUCUCCUGGUCUGUCGAAACCCUUCCCUGAGCCGGGAAGUGGUUUGAAUAUGUAUGACUCAAGUAGUGUUGUUCCUCCACCUUUGAGGAAUCCAUCCAUGUCUAGUAUGUCUGAGGGCACUGGGCCCGCUGCAGAGACUCUUAAACAAAUGGCAGCCCAUCACCAGAACCAGUCUCACAGUCCAGGUUACCCGAUGAAAUCACCCUCUAUUGACCCUUACAGUGACCCUAACUACCAAAGGGGUAAUGGCUAUGUGAAUUUCCAGCAGCAUCAGGGGUAUUCUCCAUUGCAACAGCAACAACAGCAACAGCAACAGCAGGGACAGUCCCAACAGGCGGGGAACUUCCCGUUUCCUCCCCAGUCACAUAUGCCAGAGACUCAGUCUUCUCAAUAUCCACAGCACAUACAGAACAAGGAGAUGUUGACGUAUGGGGGGACCAAACCUUUGACGCAUUUCUCGGACCACGGCAAUGGGCAACAGCCGCAGCAACCGUCCUCCCUUCAGCAACUUCAAAACCAGGUGCGAACUCACUUUAACCAGUCGCCCAACCCGCAGAUGCAGAUCACCCAGACGCAGCAUAUGCAAGUGUCACAUGGUCAGCAUCAUAUGCAGCUGUCGCAGACGCAGCAGCUUCAGAUGCAGCAGCCACCGCAACAGAUCUCACUCACGCAGCAACAAUCCUUCAUGAUGACGCCGCAUCCACCGCAGAGCCAGCAGCAGCAGCAGCAACCGCCGCAGAUGAUGACGGAGCAGAUGAACAUGCAGCAGAUGGAGAAGAUGCGAGAGCAGAGGCUGCAUCUCAUUGAACAGCAACAGUCUCAGCAGACUGGGCAGAUGCCAGCCCAGUAUAUGAAUCGCCCGCCUCCAGAGUACAAAGUUCCCCCAGUGUCAACUCCUCACAUGCAUCCAAACGCUAGUGGUCAGUUCGGCAGCUCUGCUACGGGAGGGGGGCCCGAAUCCCCUGAGAACGAUGCAAAACAUGGUGAAUCAAACUGCUUAUGUGCAGUUAAAAGUGAAGUGACGUCAUCUCAGACUCAAAAUGGCAUGAUGCAGGCUGCUCACCUAUCUGCCAUACAGUCCAUGCAGUCUAGUACGGUGGCGGGGAGGAGGGGACCUUCCCGGGCUGGACCGAUGGGGCAGCAGAUGCAGCGGCCCCAGUACCAGGCAGGAAAUGGACCUACUCCUCCCCAGGCCGCGUCAAGGUCACAGUCAACAUCAACUUUUACCAGUGCAAUAAUGCGCAAUCAGAGACCUCCAAAUGUGAAUGUGGGGCCUGAUGGCCUGAAUAUUUCCCAGCCAAGAAGUGCAGAGUGGCCGCGGCCGAUGAUGCCAGGAACGCGACAUCCGGGACAGGCCACUAUGACUCAGGCUGCCGCUAUGUCUGCGUCAGGCAUGAUGCAGUACGGACCCUAUCCAAACAGUGGUGGCCCAAGCCAAGCUGGAUUGAUGCAACAGCAACAGCAGAGGCCACAGAUGAACUCCAUGCCGCCCAGUCAGGCGGCCAUGAUGCAAAAUGGCAGCCAGGUGUUGAUGCAACAGCAAAUGGCUCAGAGAGUCACGAUGAGGCCGGGCGCUGCCCCCAACUCCCAGACCACUGCCGCGUAUAACAUGUCGUCGUCGGUGAUGUCAGGUGCGGUGCCCUCAGGGGCUGUUCCAACAAGUGCUACCCAAGGACAAUCUGGCUACCCUGCCUCCGGGUCCACACAGGACGAUUUCAUGAACUAUUUAGACAAUGCUCAGAAUACAAGCCCAGAUUUCUUCGAUAGCAUAGUGCAAGGUGACAAUUUUAAUUUGCUUGACGAAAUUCUGGGUAAACAAUGAUACUUCCUUGCCAGGGACAAGAGUUGUAUAUUUGACACAUAGAACUGUGUGUGGAAGGAUCUGUUCCAGGGCAAACAACGCCAGUCGUUCCACAAUGUGUAUAUGUACAUACACGGAAUUCACUAUUUGUGAUCGCAAAAAUCAGCCGCGAUUGUGAAUCCCGAGUGCUGACGUGACUUAGCGACUUGGCACGAUGGCGUUGAGUGUGAUGUUUUCACCGUACGCAAACCUUGCAGGGAGGCUGCAUUGUGUCACUCUGGACGAUCGUACAUGACACCCGCUGUGUUGAGUACAUGGUCAUCAUCAUAAUCUACCUCGUGUGUGUCUUUCUCCGCUUCGCUGGCCUGACGGGCGGCGGGAGUGGGUCUCGGAUAUUGUGGAUAGUCUUGGGAGUAUGGCAUCUUGUGCUACGUACAUCCUCAGCAACGCAGGACGCAAAGCGACAGGGUCUUGGGAGUAGUGAUGUCGCUCUUUUGAGAAGUGAUACUUGGACACGUGACUGACGCAUUCACGUGCAACGUGGUAUGACGUCGCAGGACUGACUGCAUGAACUGUAGUUCGGGCAUCAUCUGUACCCGCUUCUGUGUAUUUCCGAGGUUUUCAGGGACCAUAGCUCGGUAACCAUGGUAACAGACACUGCUGACGAUCUCAAGAUGGCGGAUGACGCCAUAUUGGAUUUACUACUCCAAGUCAUUCUGCCGAGGUUAGUUCCUGGCACGGUCAUCUGUGCUUCACAGUGAACUAGUUUUGUAGCAAAUAGUAUCUCGAGGACGCUAAUACCUUGGACGAGCGGUCCGGAAUCAGUAGCUCAAAUAGAUGACAUACAUUUUAGAUUGGUUUAAUCAAAUUAUUUUUGUAUUUGAUAAAUAUAUUGACUUAUUGCAUCCUUAUGUCUUGUUGAGAUUGAAAAUGAAUGUGAACUAGCACUCUUUCUUCGGUCAAACAGUAAUAUGGCAAUCCAUCCCGCUUAUAUUCGAUCGAUGUGAGAUAUUUGCGGUCGUAUAUCAAAACCUAUCGAAUUGAACCUUGCCAUUUCAAUCAGGUUCAGUCGAGCGGUGUAAGCAGGGAUCCACGAAAUAUCAAUAUCAAAUCACACGAAAGCUAUAAAUAUGUCACGCCAAUUUCAACCAGGCCUGUUAUCAACAAUUUUAACCGGGCGCUCUCGUGUUGUAACGGGGGGAGUAUACAUGUCAAGACUCCGCAUUAGGCUGGUGACAUCCGUGCCUGAAAGCGUCAGCAGGACGUUUCCACUGAAAUACUCACUUGGCAUAAGUAGUGAGUAUUUACUAUAACGGUUACACUGUAAUUAUUUAAUAGAGCCAAAUCUCACGUGAUGAUUAUUUCAAAAUCGACAUUAAAGGAAUUGGUGCUUUUGAGCACGCACCUUGUGGAUGGAUACAGCGCUUUAUAAAUACUCAUCAAAUGAUAAUUACAUGUAUUAUUAUUAUUAUUAAAUAACGCAGUCGACAUGCCUUGUUGAUACAUUUUGCUCUCUUCUGUGAAAACGUCCUUCUAACCCUCAGCGACAUAUUUCUGACGUUCACUAUUCAGUUGUGAAGCCCAUGUUCUGGUGUCCCCCGCCCUGGUAUUGUUGGAAUAUUGCUAAAAGCGGCGUAAACCUUACUUACUCACUCACUAUUCAGUCGAUGUCCUGUUAAUUCUUAACUCUGCAUUACACAACACAAGGGAUGGGGGAAAGGCGUAAUGUAAAUUUAGAUAUGUUCCAAUUAACGAAACUGAAGUGAUCUGGAUGUUGUACUGUUUAAAACGUUGUCCAGAAGGGCUGCGUAGGAGUUGGUUUAGCUGUGUUAUCUUAUGCUAUCAAGAAAAAAACCCUCAAAUGUCAGGCGCUGACACAAUGGCUGUGAUUGUUAGUUUUCAUUUAUUUGUUCGAUUCUCAACAAGACAAUCUCAAGUACCCACAUCGCAUUAUCAGUCGUGUUACCAACAUGUAUUAUCAUUCCUGCGAGCCAAGUCUAGCUGCUGUUUCUAUACUGUUUACCUGGCAACUGACAACAACACCCACACAACUCCAGGCGAAUUAUUCAUACCCUUUACACAUAUUAACCUGUCAUAACAAAGGCAAAAAGUCACGCAUUAGAUAUUCAUCGAUUCGUAAAAUCUAUUUAAUGUUUAUUUAUUAACUCGAGUGUCAAGCUGUUGUUAAAUUUGAUCCGAAGAGUGAUCUAUCUGGUUUUAUUGACAAUUUAGCUAAUGGGGAAAAGGGUUUUCUAAUUUUCAAGGGCUUUUGUCCUUGUAACAAAGCUAGAAGGUCUGUUACUGUGUUUGAGUAUCUGGGGGUAUAGUAAAGAACGCUUAUUCGCGUCUUUAUCCCAUGUAGGACACCAAGCACCGCUGUUAUCGCUUAUAGGGGUAUCAUUUAUUAAUCAGUAUUGAAUCACAUCUCGCGUGUGGUACUAGCAACCGGGAUAUGCAGCCCAGGGGAACCCAUCCCGCGUCUUACUCCACCAACUGUGGUAUGUGCUUCCACCCGCACCACAAGAACAAGCAGCUAGGCUGGUCGCAACCAAGCAUAGGACGCCUUUGGGCGCCAUCAUUAGCAAAUUGACGCUUGAUUUGAUUAAAUCAAAAGGUACUAUUUUUCUCGCCACAUCUGUUGUCGACCACCAGUAUAUAUCCCACAUGUAACCCCACCCCCAUCAUGCGUUAUGGACUGACCCUGGCCUGAUGAAGGUCAAGGUCUCUGGUUCUAAAAAGGGUAAAAUAUAAGUGUAGUCAUGUAUACAUGCGUAUAUAGAAAACGACGGUGAAGUACCAGAUUACACCACCAUGGCAACGACGGGUUUGAGGCUACUCGUAGUCUCGAAACCGGAAGUAAUGUACCCCUGACUGGCAUGUUAUGAGAGAUGUAUCGUUACAUAUUCGAGUAAUCAGCAUCCUUGUCCCAAGCUCAUUACAAACCCGAGAAGAAGCGUAUCCUCAUUCAUAUCAUGGUUCAUUGACGUGUGUGACCUCCCACGUUCCACUUCACCCACGUAUCAACGUCACCUACUUAUCAAGUAUAUCUUGCGAAUUGAACUCAAAUUGUCCCUUUUCAUAAUUUCUAUUUUUAAUGUAUCACCCACAUCAUCAACGGAAGAGAUAUUUGACUAAAACACUUUUUAUUUUGUUUAUUUUCAAAGAUUUGAAAGUGUGGGGUAAUGAUGCACGUCGUGCAUGCGCUCUUCAGUGGCAGUGUCACCCGUUGAGCUCAGUUCGUUAACUCUCCCCGAACUCGGUUACACCAAAUACCCAGCCAAGCGUGUUAUUCUGAAUUAUAUUGAUUUGUUUAUGCUGCGGUGAUGCUCGGUAGGACCAGUCCUCGUACAUUAGACGUGCAGUCCAAAGUGAACGCUGAUCUGUCAGCCGUGUGUAUACUGUACUCUUAACGACUACCUUCACUCGCUUAUCGGCCUCAUUCGGCGGCUGACACAGCUGACACCGUCUAUUGAGAAACUCGCGCCUCAGACAGUCUCGCGUUCGGAAUUACACAAGUUCACCUCGCAGAUUAAUUCGGAGAAUGGACUGGACAUAUUCUAGAAACCAGACAGACGAAUUGAUUUUUUCGCAAAAAAUGUCAUUUGGCAGUUCCUCGCUGAUUACAUUACUCCCUAGGCUAAUAAAGUAAGUAAUUAGCGAAGCAGGGACGAUAAUGACUCGACUCUCUCACUUGAAUAUAAAAACAAUUGACUGACUGUCAAAAGGCUGAUUUAUUUUACUGGUGAGGCAAAUUUGUCUAGUGGAGUAUGUACGUCAAUACAAACCGGACUAGUGUAUAGCUCAUGAAGGACAAAGUGGGGGGAUGGGGGCGUUAGUUUAUCUAAUGACACUUUCAUUUCUGUCGGGAAUUGGGUAAUUACAGUCUAAAACCCCAACUACCUUUGCAGUAUGAUGAGUCAUAUUAAACCGAGCGCAGGUUUGUGUAAAUGUAUUUCACAUGUAGAAGGUAUACUGGGAACCCCGCCGAAAUGCCACAUUGCUGAGGGCGCCAUAACGCGGGGCAGAUAUUACGACUCGGGGAAAAAUAUCCGUCCGAGAAGGGAAGGUGGUUACGGUGAGUGCGUGACGCACUUCAUGGCACGAGUACUGCAGCCCCGAAACACCAACACCGGGAUAAAACAAGGUUGUGGGAUGCUGUAUCACCAACUUCCGCCGUCCUACUGCUGCGUCUUGGAGGUCAAUUUCUGUUUAAUAAUAUAUUUUUAAUACGCGGGUCCAGGAAUUUGGAAAAGGGACGGGGAGGGUGCAUAUUUUGCUCGUGUAGAAGGGAACAAAACACGGUAGGUUGAGGAGUAAGGUGUCUGAAGAAGUUUGGUGGAUCGUACCCCAGCCUGGCUCAGCUUGUGGUUCCAGUCAGAUCUGGCAGUUUUAGUGUAAGUUUCAACACGACGGUUUUGUAUGUAUGAUGUUGACAUUUGGACACCGUCUGCAAAUACCAGCACACAAACAAAGAAGUAAUGUUCACAUAAUAAUAAUGUAAUAAUUUAGAGAACACCCUAACUCCCAUGCCAAAUACGACAUAUGGAAAGACACAAUAUGUAGAGAUGUUGGAUUUGGACUGGAUAGACUGUUAUGUAUCAAACACCGGGUGUUAGGGCGAUGUUCAUGUCACGGGUGUUGAAUUUGAUGGACACCUCGACUGAUGACGCCCGGCUCGGCAGGUAUAGCAUAUUAUGUCAGACACCCGGUGUUGGGAUAACUUUGGUGAGGAGAGGAUCCGGUAAGCAUUUUUAAAACCUGGGACUCGUCUGUGGCCUAGCGACCUAGUUGUCAGCAAGCUCACUACCAUGUCGCCACGACUGUCCCGCGGCCUGACGAGCGAGCACUGGCAGCAGGGAAGCGCUCCCUCUAUCUGUGUUUGGCCAAACUGAUCGCGCCGGAUCAAUCAGCCAGAGGUCGGCUCCGAAUGACGCCUACAGUGAACUGAGACAAUCAGCCGACCUGUCUAUUGUCAGUGACACAAUUCUCCCGCGUGACGUCACAGGAUCGCACCCAGGCGCCUACUCUAACACUAGGCGAUAGGAAAGCAGUAUGUUUGUGUGAGGAGAAUCCCUCAACGUGCUGCUUCCGGCUAUGAGGUCACGGAUUGACCUACAUGACUUGUUUACAUCGAUUGUGCUCGCCCGGCCCAAGUCAUGUUCAGUCAAAGUGAAGACGGUCACCAACAAUCAUUAACAGCGAGUUUCAACUGCAGCAGACCGUAGCAGACUCGUGUGUUAUACGUCGUGUAGAAAACUGUUCCAACAACCGGUCGAGUCUAUUAACAAGAGGGGGCCUAGGUCAACCUUAACCCCGAAUCUCUAUUGAGAGUUAACGUUGAGCUUUACUGACUUUCAUCGUGGGAAUGUCACAUUUUACAUAUUUCUGUAAUGAUUACACCGUGGUUAGUGAUUCAGGAAAAAUUACCCAGGUAUAGAUCAUCACCGUAGCCUAAACAUCACUCAAUAAGUACUGCUAAAGUAAGUACACGCUGCCUACAGCAUGAACUGGUCUGAGGUCGGGCAGGUUGGAUGGGAGAAGUAUUAUGCGCGAGGCUGGUGACAUUUACAUGAAUUUAUCAAUUUAUGAGAAGAUAUACAUGUAUAUGUAAAACUUUGCAAAGUUAUUUGUAAAUGACAUUAACUACUUAGGUAUCCCGUACGGUGAAGUGCCUGCACGCGUGAACCCAACAGGGGAAUUCUUUACCAGGGUAAGCUAACAGGUAUUUUUCACUUUAAUUUCGACCAUUUUCAAAUGCCAUAAUAGUGGUUGAAAUGUGUUCCACAUAUAAGAGCUUGAAAAGAAAGACGUUAUCGCCUAAGGUGCAACGAUUCGUUGCAGAGUUAUGUCCCUUAGGCACCCACCAUUUUGUCCUCCAUGAAGCUUUCAGGCAGAAAAACUGAAGUAUUGUUUUAGGUUGCAUGAAAUACGGCACACACGACUCGCACACUCUACAUUGUCCAGGCCAAUCACUUAAUCUUCAAACUUCCACACCAGGUCCAUACCGACCCUGCCACCCUCAGUUUACACACUCAACCCGCCAGUCUACUUCUCCCCACUCACACUUUCUCGUAGUACGCCCUUGAACAACGUGGCAACGUUGCUUGUCUUUAAUAAGGAUCUCACAGUAGCUUGUAACCUCUGUGUAACUCCAAACCCUCUGACUUUGAUCAUGUGUAAUGUAAAAACCCGUGUCCAUAGAAAUAACCAGGCCUUGGACAGUUCCCAGUCUGUUAUGUAAAGGUAUGCUAUACCACUCGUUCUGAAAUCCCUUGCGUCGCGAAGAGGGAUAAUAUAUUCCUUCAUCCGACAAUAUGUUUAAGCCAUGAGGGUUUCGCGGAAUGCGGUUUUCAGAGCGGAGAUUCCUGACGUUUUCGGCAACGUCUUGUACCACACACCCCUAUGUCAUCGCGACCUUCACCUUGCUUCAACCCACAUGUUCAACCUCAUGGCGAAAAUGCUUCAUUUCGUGCAGAAUUCCAUGUUUACCAAUCAAACUUCAGCAUCGGCGUCGCUAGGUAACAUUUGUUCAGAAGUGAUGGUGGGUAGUUCAAUGGGCUGUCACAGUAACAUGUUUAAGUUUGUUAAAUUGUAAAGUCUGUCUUAAGAGUGGUCUAAUGUGACGUCUAUGACGGCAUUAUGAUCGCAUCGAUGUGCAAACACUGUCACAAAUGACAAGUUGUAAUUUAUGCAAAUUAAAUGCAGAUGCAAAUAUAUAUAUUCCUGAACUCUGUAAAUGAUCAUAGUAAAUAUUGGAUUGACGAAGCAGGACAACAACGUUGCCAGCGACCUCUUCAAUCAAAUUCUGUGGGUAAAUCAGCGCUGCAUAUUCAACUCUUGUGCGUUCAUAUAUGUUUUUUUAUUUGUCGUGGGUUUAGCCUGCACUGCUGCUACUCGCCUAACGACAACUGUUAUUGUGUACAGCCUGCGGUCAUUUGUCAGCCGUCACCCGAAUCUGUCGACGAGUCCGACUGUUCGAUGUUGGGUGGCGACGGUAAUUGUGUAUAUUUUUAUCCGUAUUGUUCUGAUAUGAAUACAACAAAUCGAAUACUACAA